ACACUAAGUAAGGUCAGCUCGUAGGAAACACACUCACUAUGUAAAUAGAAACCUGGACACAGAAAAGGCGCCUGAAUGAGUCAGCACCAAGAAAAGCUGAUGGGGAAACUAGUGCCAUUAAUCAUUAUUACAUUAUUUGAGAUCAUUACACACAAAUAAGUUUGCCCAAAAAAUCAGUCAAAACUCAUGAUUGACAUAAUCAUGAGAACAAUAGAUUUUGUGGACAUUUACUCUUCCUCACAUGAGAAUGCAAGUAGCCCAGACAUAAUUGCUAUGCUCACCGUUCACAGUUGUUUCUUUCCGUCUUCGACAGCUGCCAAAUGUGACCGUUUUUCUAAUCUGGCCAACCUGAAUUCUUUCUGUCUGUGAUGGGAGCUAAAUAUAGAGAGGCAGAGUUAAACUCAGCACCAGCUUCUGUCUUUGCUCUGCGUCAACUCCUCCUAUUACUACUAAGAUAGCGAGAGAAGUGGAAGCAUUACAAUCCCAACAUCUUCCCUGAUCCACACACACUCACCGAGAUGGAACCGAUGAGCAUGAAAGAUGACCUGAAGCUCUAUCAGAGCACCCUGCUCCAAGAUGGCCUGAAAGACCUUCUGAAGGAGAACAAGUUUAUUGACUGCAUUCUGAAAGUAGGGGACAGAAGCCUGCCAUGUCACAAACUUAUCAUGGCAGCAUGUAGCCCUUACUUUAGAGAGGUUUACUUCUCUGAAGAUGGCAAAGAGAAGAGCAGCCCAGGCAAAGAGGUCGUGCUAGAAAAUGUGGAUCCAUCCAUUAUGGACAUGAUCGUGAAUUAUCUCUAUUCGGCAGAAAUAGAUAUUACAGAUGAGAACGUGCAGGACGUUCUAGCAGUAGCCAACCGUUUUCAGAUUCCGUCCGUGUUCACGGUGUGUGUAAACUUCCUGCAGAAGCAACUGUCUCUAGGAAGCUGUCUGGCAAUCUUCCGACUGGGGUUAAUGAUAAAUUGUCCAAGGCUGGCCAUGGCAGCAAGAGACUACAUCGCUGAACGAUUCGAGAUUCUUAACAAGGAGCAAGAUUUUCUUGAGUUCAACCCUCCGGAACUGUUCGCCAUCAUAGGAAGUGAUGCCCUCAACGUGGAGAAAGAGGAACUGGUGUUUGAGCUGCUAAUGAAGUGGAUCAGGAAGGACAAAGAGAACCGUGCAAAGCAUUUAGGUGAUGCCUUUGAGCACAUUCGUUUCCGACUGCUUCCGGAAAAGUAUUUCAAGGAAAAGGUGGAAAAGGAUGACAUUAUCAAAGCUGAUCCUGAGCUCGUGAAGAAGCUUAAGAUCGUCAAAGAGGCCUUUGCUGGAAAACUUCCAGCAAAGGUAGGAGGAAAAGAGGACGGAGAGAGCAAAAUGCCUGGAUAUUUGAAUGACACCCGAAGGCUUGGCAUGUAUGCCAAGGACCAUAUCCUGAUGAUUAAUGAAACGGCAGCGGUGGCUUACGACCCUGUAGAGAACGAAUGCUCACUGGCAGCAAUGGCUGAGCAGAUACCUCGAAAUCACGCCAGCAUUGUUACUAAGAAAAAUCAGCUUUUUGUUGUUGGUGGACUGUUUGUGGAUGACGAAAAUAAAGACUCACCAUUACAGUGCUACUGCUUUCAGCUGGAUCCUGUUAGUGCAGACUGGAUUGCUAUACCUCCUAUGCCUUCUCCCCGCUGUCUAUUUGCUCUGGGAGAAUUUGAGAAUCUCAUAUUUGCUGUUGCUGGCAAAGAUUUACAGACCAAUGAGUCUCUUGACUCAGUAAUGUGUUAUGACACUAACAAGAUGAAAUGGAGCGAGACGAAGAAGCUUCCACUGAAGCUACAUGGGCACUGUGUGAUCUCAGGAAACGGCCUGGUCUACUGUAUAGGAGGGAAGACAGACGACAACAAAACCAUCAACAAAAUGUUUGCAUAUAAUCAUAAGAAGUCUGAAUGGAAGGAGCUAGCUGCGAUGAAAACACCACGGUCCAUGUUUGGGGCAGUUGUCCAUAAAGGAAAAAUCAUUGUGGUUGGCGGAGUCAAUGAAAACAAUCUCUUAGCAUCGUGUGAAGCUUAUGACUUUGGAACCAACAAGUGGGAAGCCUUCCCUGAGUUUGCGCAGGAGAGGAGCUCAGUAAAUGUUGUGAGUAUUGAUGGUGAGCUUUAUGCAGUCGGGGGCUUUACCAUGGUAGAGCAAGAUAAAGAGUGUGUUCCCUCAGAGAUCAGAGAUAUUUGGCAGUAUGAAGAGGACAAGAAGCAGUGGUCUGGAAUUUUACGAGAGAUGCGCUAUGCAGCUGGUGCUUCCUGCGUUUCCAUGCGUCUAAAUGCUGCAAAAAUGCCCAAACUGUAAAAAUGGCCUAGGUCUCUGCCAAGGGACGGUUUAUUUUUAGUCUAACUUGAUGAUUCCAGUUAAAAGAAGAUAUAAUUCAGUAAGGCAUGAGCAUGAAACAACUGAGUUUUGAAUAAUUUCAUGACGCUGUUCAAUAAAUACUUAUACACGACUGAUGUUUUUGUUUUUAAAGUUUGAGGUCAAAAUCAUGUAUUUGUUUAAGAUUGCAAAAUGAA